GGAAACUACCUCAGAGCGCACAUUUUGGUUCCACUCUUGCAAACUCCACGGAGGCGCGCACACACCACGGACCUCUUCAGCACUUUUCCACAAGUAUGGGGUCCAUGCAAGUGGUGUUCUGGGCUUUGUUCGUUUUUCAUGUCUGCGGAUCACAGAAAGUUAAACGACAAAAGGAGACAGAGUUCGUGGACAAGUAUGGCACGUGUCUCCAGGGCCCUCCUGGUAACCAGGGGAGGGAUGGUAACCCAGGGGUGAAUGGCAUCCCUGGCACCCCAGGUAUCCCUGGACGCGAUGGCUUGAAAGGAGAGAAGGGCGAGUGUGUGAGCGAGAGGUUUGAGGAUCCGUGGAGGCCAAACUUCAAGCAGUGUGCCUGGAACUCGCUGAACUAUGGCAUUGACCUGGGAAAAAUUGCUGAUUGCACGUUCACCAAGCUACGUUCGGACAGUGCCCUGCGCGUGCUGUUCAGCGGCUCGCUGCGGCUCAAGUGCAGGUCGGCUUGCUGCCAGCGCUGGUACUUCACCUUCAAUGGAGCCGAGUGUGCUGGACCGCUGCCCAUUGAGUCCAUUAUCUACCUGGACCAGGGCAGCCCGGAGCUCAACUCCACCAUCAACAUACACCGGACGUCAGCAGUGGAAGGGCUUUGUGAGGGGAUCCCUGCCGGCUUGGUGGAUGUGGGAAUUUGGGUGGGCACAUGUGCAGAUUAUCCGAAAGGAGACGCAUCGACUGGGUGGAACUCCGUCUCUAGGGUGAUCAUCGAGGAGCUUCCCAAAUGAUCCUGUCAUUCCUCCACAAGUCCCUCUCACUGUCUGUGACUGUUAAGUUACAGACAGCGAGAUGAGAGAGCUUAAACACCAACCAGUCUACCGACUGUAUUCCAAGCUUUUCUACUUUCAUGUAGAAAGGAAACUGCAUUAAAGUACCUCUAUAAUCAGACCAAACUCACCCAAUUUUAGUACACCACAAUUUCCCCAUUAAGAACCUCUUAAACCAAAUUGUAGCCUGACUCAGCUUUGCACAGGGGACACUACGUCUCUGACUCCACGUCUCUAGGGACUAGUGGCACUUAUCGCCUCCAGUCUCCUGGCAACAGAAUUUGCAUUUUCAUUUUCAAAUAGUAAUAAAUAGAACUAUUAAUGCCCUCCAGUUUCAACACUCCUGGUGUCACUGAUGGCAGUCUUAGCAUUGAUGCCUGACCAUGAUCUGCUUUUCUUAAAAGCCUUACUGUAUAUCAGACUAGUCUUAUGUCAGAUAUUUAGUCAUUUACUUUUUGUAAGGAAAGUUGAGCCACCGGAAGGGGCACCAGUGUGCCACAUCUCAAUGUAUCUGUAUAUAUGACUGCUCGGUCCAAAUGGAACUGUGUAACACAUGUUCUGUUCUGUGUAAUCCGCUGGGGAGAGAGUACAGGAACACCUCCAGGGAGAGUGGCCCUCCGUGAAGGAGGGAGGAGGCGGAUCUGUUUUCUUUACUCCAUCCAACAGCGACUUUUAUGGUGCUCAGUGAUGUUUGCAUGGUUUAGACAAGUGGUUGCAUUGUUUUCUUUUUUCUCCUUUUUUUCUAUAUCUUUUGAAUAGGACGACUGUUGUCGGAAGUAUGCAGGGGUAUGCAGUAAUCCAUGUUUUUUUAUGGGGCUUUCAUUAGUUCACAGUUCACAGUUAUAUCAUGUCCUUAAAAUUGCAUGAAGGAACAAAAAAGUGAAAUGAAUACAACGUUAAAUGUGUUUGUCUUACUUGCUGGAGGACCCAUGUUUGUCCCAACCUCUUCAUUUUGUUCAGCUUGAACCGGUGACCUCUAAAUCCCUGCAUAUGUAUAACAUUCCUCCGUGACCAUUGUCAAAAUGUUAUUAUAGUAUUUAUAUGUACAGCUUUAGAAAAUAAAGCCCUUUUUUUACACAA